AUGGGAGAAUCAAGACAAGAGCUCGUGUCAUGGCUUAACAACCUGUUACAACUUAAUAUUACAAAAGUUGAACAGUGCGGAACUGGUGCUGCCUUGUGCCAAGUCUUCGACAGUAUCUUCCUCGAUGUGCCUAUGGCAAAAGUCAAGUUUAACGUAAAUACCGAGUAUGCAUAUCUACAAAACUUCAAAGUUCUUCAAAAUUGCUUUACUCGCCAUCAAGUCGAUCGAAACAUCCAUGUCGAACAACUCAUCAAAUGCAAGAUGCAAGAUAACCUCGAAUUCCUACAGUGGACUAAGAGAUACUGGGACCAAUACUUUCCGGGAGGAGAAUAUGAUGCCGUAACUCGUCGACGUGCCGCUGGAGGACCUGGUGCCGCCCCAUCUGCUGCCCCAAGAUCAUCUGCCGGAACUGGAGCAGCUCGAAGAGGAGUAACACCAACAACGACCGCCCCACGAGUUGCUAAGGCUGCUGGGGGGCCUGUUGGCGGCGGUGCAGCUUCGGCAGCUCUAAAAGCAGAGAACGACACUUUGAAAGAAACUGUCGCAGGAUUAGAACGUGAACGAGACUUCUACUUCAGCAAACUCAGAGAUAUCGAAUUACUGGUUCAACAAGCAUGCGAAGAGGACCCCGAGAUUGAGAAGCAGGAAGACGGCUUAAUCAAGCAUAUUCAAACUAUCUUGUACUCGACUGAAGAUGGAUUUGAGAUUCCGGCGGAGACGGAGGUUGAUGACCAAGAAGAGACAUUCUAG